AGAGUCAGUUUGUGCCUGUACACCGGCUCGAACCCUCAGCUCACAUAAAAUGGCUGGCUGUGGGUCCGAGAGAGCUAGCAAUGCCUAUUGUGACCCAGAAACGCAACUUUCAACGCACAAUGAUCUGAAUGAUUCAAUAGGUUGAUCCGGAAUGGAUUCCCAGUUAGCGGCUGUCCUAACGAAUCGUGGGACAGCUUCUUUGAACAGAAGCCAUCUGCCAGAGAGGACAGGAAAAUCCAUGGAAAUGCCACCUUUGACAGAUAUUCAAGAUGUACCCAUUGAUCUAUCCCUGAAAUCCUCAUGUUCUCUACCUCUUGAUUCUCAACCCCUGUGUUACAAAAUGGCUCCCUCAUGCAACUACAAAGCAAAGCAGUUUUACUGGAGAGAAACAAGAAUUCAGGGGAGAAUGGAAGAGACGAGCAAGGACAGUACAGACACAAUUGAAAUUGUGGCAGAAGUGACUGGGGUGCACAAACCCGUCCUGUCCAAUAUAGACUCCUUGCCAAACUCAUGCAAGAACUCUUUGACUCCUGGUUUUACUGGCUGCUUAUUGGAACAAAAAGGUGUUACAUCUGAGUCUCUCUCCAGUGACCAGUCAGAAUCCCACACUGCCAGCCUGGUUACUGUUAAAGACGAGAUCGAGGAGGUAUGCAUCGGGGAAUUGGAGGGGUACAGUGAUGAUCAGUCAGAUUCACAGGGUUCCCUCGAUGAGGUAAAUGAGGGCUUGACAAGGGACAUUGCUGAUGGCACUGACAUGCAGAACACAAUUGUUUCAGGUGCUAACAGCAAUAUGGUCCCCAUGGAUACCAUUACAGCCUUAAAUACUGAACCUGAGGAUAUUGCAGCUGACAGCUGUGGGUUCACAGCCAGAGAAGCAUCUCCUUCAGAAGGAAAAUCGCCAGGCUUGAAUGGAGAUGUCAGUUCUUUAUUAGGGGUGGAAAUGCAAGUUAAUAAACAGCCAAAAUUUAAUUUGGGGAUCUUAUCUGACGGCGGCGAGUUUCCCAUUAAGGGUGGUGAUGCUGAAGGAGAGGAAAAAGAAAUGGUACGAUGGAAAGGCAGGAAAAAAUGCUCAAGUCGUCAUGCCCCUGCUUACAGUAUUCGCACAAGGAGCCAGAGGAGGAGAGAAAUUAACAGAGAGGCAAAGGCGGAGUGUGGGAAAGAGGAUAAUACUCUCCUUGGGAAAGAAACACAAAAGAGGGAAGUGCUGUUGCAGUCUUCUCCCCCCGCCUCUGACCUCCCUGGACGGUUUCAGGGCCUGUGUGAGACUGAGGGAGAACAGGAUGCGGGAGCAGAUGCAGAUAGGAUAGGGAAGGGAAGAGAGUGUCAGCAGAAACUGCAGGAGGAAGUGCUAGAUCUGAGCUUGUCUAGGAAGGGAGGAAGGAGCAACACAGUCUGCAGGAAGGGAGGAUUUGAAGAAGGAAUUGAGACUAGCCUUUUAAUGGAAGUAGAUGAGAUAGUGCAGCAGGAGGUAGCAGAGGAUGAGGAGGAUGCUGAAAUUGGAUCAAGAGAGAGGCAAGCGGCCAUCGGUUUUGACCUGCCGAACGGUGAGGCUCCUUUUUCAUCUUCCUCAGCACCACCCUCACCUUCUGCAUCGCCCUCUGUGGAUCCUAGCCUUGCUGACCUCCUCCUUAUCGACAACCAGGGUGUCCCCUACACGCUCACCCCUGAUGGUCAGAAAGUGUUUCAGGUGGAGCUCCCCAAACCUCACAAAGCCUUCAGUGUCAGGCCUCGGCCCAAAUCAAAGCAGGUGAAACCCAAGGAUUCCACUGUGAGCGCUGCACUGUCCAACCAGGUUUUACCGAAUGCUCUUCCCUGCCAGCCCUCUGGGGCAACGCCGUCAUGUCUUAUUCCCCCUGCAUCACCAGGAUCCUCAGAUGACUCAAAAACUGCCUCCUCCUCAGGUGCCAAAUCCAGCUCUUUGGCUGCUCCUCAACCCCCAACCCUGUUGGAUUUAGAACCCCAAUCCCAGCCCAUUCGAAUUUUAGCCAAUUCCGCAACCACCUCCCCCAUCCUCCUCCUGCCAUCUUCUCAACUCUCGUCCCUUUCUCCAUCCAAACCCAACACAAAUUCAGGUCUAAUGGCACUUUCCUUGCCUGUGUCCCUUACCCAAAACUCAACAUCCACCCCUCUGCUUCUUGUGAUCUCCCCUCUCACCCCUGGUUCGGCUCCCUCUACCUCUUCCCCCAUCCUCACUGUUCCGUCUUCUGUAUCACUCUCACAGACCACUUCUCCAUCUGCAGUCUCUCUUCCUCUGUAUUCUGUGCAGACUAACCUUGAGUCCUCUUUUCCCACCAAUCCUGCAGUCCCUGUUCUUAACCCAGAAUCCUUUACCCUCUUUCCCGCCAUCUCAGGAAACAGUAACCAGUGCACCCCUUCCUCUCCUUCAGUCUCCUCCUCCACAGGAGGUCCAAUCCCUGACCUUUCUUCCAAAGAAAUUAUUCCCAAACUAUCACCCAAUAGACUCAUGAAAUCAGAUCCUGCCUCUGACACCAAAUCAAGUUCCAUUACUGAAACCCAGAUCGAAUGUGCCCAGUCACCAAUCCUUGCUAGCUUAUCUCCCAAGGAGAUUCCCCCUUAUGAAAUAAGGCACAGUCUAAAAACAUCUCCCCCUUCAGCCUCAGCAAACCCAUUCUCGGCUGAUGACCAAUCUUAUCCCAUCUCCGGCACGCCACCUCCAGAAACAAUCUUCCCCACCAACCAUCCAAAAAAUCUCAAUUUGUCCCCUAACUGUCCUCGUCGAAUCCUAUACUGCCAGUUUUGCCCACGGGCUUUCUACUACCUCUCCGACUUGGAGCGCCACUCCAUCACACACUCGCAGAGCAAGCCCCACGUCUGUCCGCUCUGCAGCAAGGCUUUCAAGCGCUCUAGCCACCUGGAGCGGCAUAAACACAUCCACACGGGCCAGAGGAACUUCAUCUGCCCUAUAUGCUCCAAGAGGUUCCGCGAGGCCGGGGAGCUCCUCAGGCACCAGCGGGUCCACACGGGGGAGAAGCCCUUCCAGUGCCUGCAGUGCCACAUGCGCUUUGCCGAGCGCAACACUCUGCGCCGGCAUGCCAAGCGGAAACACCAGGAGCAGCAGGGACCGGACGGGCAGGAGGAGGGCGGUCGCUACUCUGACGACAUUCAGGAGGACAGUGCAGAGUGGUACAGCUCUACUGUGCCUGAACUGGACUCUGACAAUGAAACUGACUGAGAGUAGGAAAUAUGGCCACAGCC